AUGAGAACAAUGAAACAUUCCAGAAGAAAAUCUUCAUGCUCCAAUUUAUUGGCACCUCCAGGUACCAAGAGGUGCAUUAGGUUUGUAAACAGUCCUGAAAUUGCAGGCAAAGAUGGCUGGAGGACCUCAGGCAUUGGGUCUGGAGGAAGACAGAGACAACCCAGUCUGAAGCAGAAUUCCAGACCCCUAAUCGCCUUCUUCCAGGCUUGGGUUGGGGAAGCAACAAUCAAUUGUGAAAAUAUUCUCCAGGAAUAUUGGGAGGGGAGAGGUGCGUGGCCAGUGGUGCUGCUGAAAUCAAAUGUCACUGAUUGGCUAUAA